CAGCACAACCAUCCGCCACCUGGUGGUGAUCACAAGACCAGUUAACGGCAACCCCCCGACAACGAAGUCACUUAGGGGUUAUUCAUGUCCGUGCCACCUCUUGGAUGGUUUAAGCUAAAUCAAUCAAUCCGAAGUCACAUCAUCAACCACGACUAAAAGAAUCCAAAUACAGCCAUUUUCUAGUCAUUACCAUUGCAAAGAAAUCAACAUUGAAAGUUGGUUUGACUGCAACUAAGUGUUGGCGACUCUCACGAAGACCUUGCACGUGGCGCUCCGGUCUCCCAUGUUCAUUUUACUAAAUGUCCGUAGACUAGACUCUUGACAAGACUCAGAUUCUCGGAGCUAACUGUGCAUGUCUAUUUAUUGAAUAACUUAUUAUAUUUAACGUAAUUUAUUAGUUAGUAACCUAUCUUGGUACUAAAGAUGGGGAUGAUUGGGUUGUUGGUGGUGUUGGCGGCGUGUGUAGGGUGUCAGAGGGUGGAGAGUUUGGUGAAGAACAACGUCUCCCUGGUGAUGCCUGAUGGAAGAAUAGUUCCCUGGUGGCCCGUUAAAGGCAGUGUCCCCAGCAUCAUCGGCCCCGGGGUCAAGGUCCAUAUAAACACCAAGGUCAAUCUAGGACAUAAACCUAGUUCUACGUUCGAAGCUUUGGGUAUUAUACGGAAUGAUCAAGGGAAGGAAAGCGAAGAGCAAGAUGAGGAUGGUAGCGAUAUAAAACGCGUGACCAAGGAGCCAUGUGUUACUUGUGGGAAGCCAUGUGGCGGCUCCGGAGGGAGCCAGAACCAUGAGGGCACCAGGACGCCGACGGUGGUGUGGCCCGCGUCCACCAGCCAGUUCUCAGGACUCAACGUUACUGUCAUCGAGAGAGGCCGCUUCAACACCCCGUCGUAUCAUAUUUACUUCCAGAAUGAGAAUGGACCCCUCUCUCCAUUCCAUGACGUUCCACUGUUUGCAAAUGAAGGAAACAAAAUUUUUAACAUGGUAGUGGAGGUGCCCAGAUGGACCAAUGCCAAGAUGGAGAUAUCCACCAAGGAUCCUUUGAAUCCAAUUAAACAGGAUGUUAAGAAGGGUAAACUUCGAUUUGUUGCAAACUGUUUUCCUCACCACGGCUACAUAUGGAAUUAUGGUGCACUCCCACAGACCUGGGAGGAUCCCAACCACAUCGAUGAAGCUACAGGAUGUAAGGGCGAUAAUGACCCUAUUGAUGUGUGUGAAAUUGGCUACCGUGUGGCCAAGAGGGGUGAAGUCAUUCAAGUGAAGGUGCUUGGGACUUUAGCUCUUAUUGAUGAAGGAGAGACAGAUUGGAAGCUAAUUGCCAUUGAUGUUAAUGACCCAUUGGCUCCACAACUAAGUGAUAUAUCUGAUGUGGAGAAGCACAUGCCUGGUUUCCUGAAAGCAUCUGUGGAAUGGUUCAGGAUUUAUAAGAUACCAGAUGGCAAACCUGAGAACCAGUUUGCUUUUAAUGGAUUGGCUAAGGAUAGAGACUUUGCUCAUAAGAUUAUCAUGGAGACCCAUGAAGCAUGGCAGAAUUUAGUAGAAGGCAAGACUGAUGCUGGUGGACAUAGCACCAGCAGUGUUUCUGUUCCCAACUGUGUCAACAAGCUUACGUCAGCGGAUGCACAAGAAGUAGUAGAUGGCUCUCCAGAGCCUGGACCAGCACAACCCAUUGAUCCUAAAGUUGACCUGUGGCACUACGUUACCCUGAAGUGAACUACAGUGCACCAUGCAGCCAAGUUGUGAUACUUCCUAGCCCUGGCCUCUGUGGUGUAAUUUCACUUGUCCAUUCCCACUUUUUUGUUAAAUUUUGAGUCCAACCUCUCUCAUGCAUCUUAAAUUAAAAAAAAUCAUACUGAUAGUUUGAAGAUGAAUAGUAUAAUUUUUAAUUUCAGAAUAUUAGACUACCCUUCCUCAGAUACAGCUCAGGCUGUUAUUCCAUUCCACAUAGGUCCUCAUAAUUAAGUUUAUCCUGUAUGGCUGUUAUUAUGUAAUGAUUUAAUUGGUUUGCCAGAAAUUGGCACUAUGUAUCUAUUGCCAAAUGGUAAAACAAAUAAAAAUUUAUAUAUUAAA